GUGGAAGAGUUGAUUCAAGACUUAGAGGAGCAGACUGCCAUCUCGAUCGUGGCCAUGGCGUCCACAAGAAGGUCGUUCCUGGCUCUCUUUCUGUUGGUGGUGCUUGGAUCAUCCAUUGCCACAGUUGAGGAAGAGAACUCAGAGUUCUGGAGGUCACAGGCGAGGAAGACACUGCAGGCAGCACUAGACAGGAAGCUGAACACCAACGUUGCCAAGAACAUCCUGUUUUUCCUUGGAGAUGGUAUGGGACUCACAACCCUCACAGCAGCUCGUAUUCUCAAGGGACAGCUGGAGAACCAGCCAGGGGAGGAGACAGUGAUGACCAUGGACACCUUCCCCAAUGUGGGGCUGGCCAAGACCUACAGUGUGGACUUCCAGGUUGCAGACAGCGCAGCCACAGCCACAGCCUAUCUGUGUGGGGUGAAAACCAACCUGAACAUCGUUGGAGUGAAUGCGGCGGGUCGCAACGGAGUAUGCAGAACUCAGAAGGGCAACGAGGUGACGUCCAUCUUGAAGUGGGCCAAAGAUGCUGGCAAGUCUGUGGGCAUCGUAACAACCACGAGGGUGCAACACGCCACCCCAGCAGGCAGCUACGCCCACAGUGCCAGCAGGACGUGGUACAGUGAUGCCGAUAUGCCUGAUUCUGCCAAGACGGACGGCUGCACGGAUAUCUCAUUCCAGCUCAUCAACAACACAGACAUUGAUGUGAUCAUUGGCGGCGGUAGAAAGUACAUGACCCCUACUGGUACCAAGGACCCUGAAUACCCCACAGACUACUUUUCAAACGGUGAAAGAAAGGAUGGGCGUGACCUGAUCAAAGAGUGGCAGAACUUAAAAACUGGGAAGGUUGCCCACUAUGUGUGGAAUAAAGCAGAUUUUGACGCUGUUGACCCUGAAACCACUGACUACCUCAUGGCUCUGUUCGAACCUGGUGAUCUCCGCUACGAGGAGGAGAGGGACCCGAGCAUGGAUCCGUCCAUCAUCGAGACCACAGAAAAGGCCAUCCGCAUCCUACAGAAAAACCCUAAAGGCUUCUUCCUGUUAGUGGAGGGUGGGCGUAUUGACCAGGCUCACCAUGCUGGGCGGGCCUCCAUGGCCCUGCAUGAGGCGGUUGCUUUUGACCGUGCUAUCGCUAAGGGCCUCGAACUCACCAAAGAGCAUGACACUCUCACUGUAGUGAUGGCUGACCACUCUCAGCCUCUUACCUUCAAUGGCUUCCCCUUUCGUGGGAACAGCAUUCUGGGUAAAUCUCCACUGUGGGCAAGUGACAUGUUGCCUUAUACCACGCUCAUGUACGGCAAUGGACCUGGGCACAAAAUCGUUAAUGGCGCACGCCCUGACAUCCGCAAUGUUGACACCAAAUCUAAAGACUACAUCCAGCAGGCAGCUGUCCCCGUAGAUACAACAACCCACAGUGGAGAGGAUGUGGCAGUGCUGGCCCGUGGACCCAUGGCCCACCUCUUCCAGGGUGUCAACGAGCAGAACUAUAUUGCCCAUGCCAUGGGCUACGCUGCCUGCGUGGGUGCUGACCUAAGGCACUGUGAGGGGCAAACUACACCACCUUUGGUUCACAUAACCCUUGAAUAUAACAAGAAUGGGGCCGGAGCAGUUAGUGCCUCAGCAGCUUUGCUCGGUAACUUCCUGAGCGUGCUGUUGGCCAUCACAGUCCUCAUGUAAGAUCAUUUUCUUUGCUGAUCUGAUCUGCAGUCAGAGGUCAGCAUCAUAAAACAGUGCGAAUGGGUUCAGUGAUUUGCUCAAGCACACUUCAACACGGAUGUGCACUAGUGUGGUUUCUUGCACCAGGGUUAUCUUGCAGCCUGCAAAGGGUCGUGAUCGGACAGAGUGAAUCAAGUCACAGAAAUCAUUAACUGACAUAAGGACUGUCACUCCCGCAGUGACUGUAAAGAAUUAUUAUGAAAUGUAAGCUCAUCAAGCAUCUACACUGGCAGUCUGUUGAAUCCCUGGGCUAUACCAAUAAAGCAGUCCUUUCCUAGACAGUUGGCUGAGAGUUUAUUGAUAUAAAUUAUUUAAACAUACCAACGAUCUCAUUUGUUGACAUUUUUGGCUUUAUCAGAAUGACAAAUCUUCAGUAUCUGACCUUGUUUCCACAGUAAAACAAAGAAAAACAAUCCCUCUGCCACAUUUACAUACACACGAGUGAAAGCUUUAAGGGUGGCUGUAGCUCAGGUGGUAGAGCAGGUCAUCAACUGAUUGGAAGGUUGGUGGUUCGAUUCCCGGCUUCCCCUAGUCUGCAUGCCAAAUAUCCUUGGGCAAGAUACUAACCCGAAAUUGCUCUCCGAUGCAUUCAUCGGAGUAUGAAUGUGUGUGAAUGUCAGUUGUGCUUGUACGAAUGGGUGUGAAUGGGUGAAUGCACAAGUUGUGUAAAGCGCUUUGAGUGCUCAGAAGAGUGGAAAAGCGCUAUAUAAGAACUAGUCCAUUUACCAUGAACAAAGCUGAUAUUUUUUGCAUUAUAUUUCACAUUUUUAAACGUGCUACAGAUCAUAACAGGCAGCAUAAUUAAAGAAACAAGUCUACAUUUUGGCAAAAUGUGCUAAAUGGCAUCCUUGAUAAAGGAGUCAGAUGAAUUUGUGUAGAGGCUAAAACAAAACAAACAAACAACAAAAACAAACACAUUACUGAAACUAGCCUUGCUAUCAGCCUUAGUGCUAAGCUAAUGAAAUCUUCUGCUGACUUUAGCUUCUCUCAUCUAAUUCUUGGCUGAAAGAGGAAACACGUAUAUCUAUUAAAAAUAUGAAACUGUUCCUUUCACCUAAGUUCAUAUUUGUGACAAAUGAUCCAUAGAUGUAUUUACUGAAACCUCGAAAUAAAAUGGUUAUUUUGCACUUUGCAAGCACUUUCUGUGAAAUAAAAAAUGGACCGUGAUGUUA